CUUCCAAUGUGACGACAUUCUUUUCUCAGAAAUCACAAAGCUCUGAUCUUUACUUGUAAUAUAAAACAAAAGAAAUUCCUUUUUUUUUUUUCCUCGAGCAAUUAGAUUUUGUCUUAAAAGAUUGUUUGCUGAUCAUUUAUCCUUUCUGGGUUGUAUUGCGGUGGAAUGCUAUGAACAUUUCAUUUUUAAACAAGAUGCGUGCACCAUCACUGCUUGCACAAUGUUUGCCGGGCUGGGUGCCCCAUGAUAGAGGAAGCCAAAGCAUGUCCACUGUAUCAGAAAGAGAUGUCCAUCUCCCUUCACCAGCUGUGGAGAUUCUCCCCUCAAAGACAGCUCAUGCUUAUAAGUAUGCUGGGGAUAAUGUAGACUUGCAGGGUCUCAAUCUGUUCAAGGGAAGAGUUAGUGUUGCUGAUAUUAUCGGUUUCACUGGUUCCGAACUGAUAUCCUCAAAACCUGAUGCGCUUCUGAAAUCUUGGGACAGCUCUAUUGAUCUUGUCAACGUCCUUAAGCAUGAGACUCGCGAUGGACAGUUGAGCUUUAGAGGGAAAAGGGUGCUUGAGUUAGGUUGUGGCUAUGGACUUCCUGGGAUUUUUGCUUGUCUGAAGGGUGCUUCUACAGUGCACUUUCAAGACCUCAGUGCAGAAACUGUUAGAUGCACUACCAUACCAAAUGUUCUUGCAAACCUUGAGCACGCUCGGGAAAGGCAGAGCCGACAGCCUGAGAGUCCUUUGACUCCAUCCAGACAAACUCUUGCCCCAACAGUGCACUUCUAUGCUGGGGAUUGGGAAGAACUCCCCACUGUAUUAUCUGUUGUUCGGAAUGAUGUGUCUGAAGUGACUACAGGAAUGAGUUUGAGCUUCUCUGAGGAGGAUUUCAUGGAUGGAUGCAGUAGCCAAGAUGGUAGCAUCAUAACCCAGGAAAUUUCCUCAAGGAGGUCGAGAAAGCUUUCGGGAAGCCGGGCAUGGGAAAGAGCGAGUGAGACAGAUCAGGGAGAAGGUGGCUAUGAUGUUAUUUUGAUGACAGAAAUUCCAUACUCAGUUUCCUCUUUGAAGAAGUUAUAUGCACUAAUUAAGAAGUGUCUGAGGCCUCCUUAUGGAGUAGUAUACUUGGCAACGAAGAAGAACUAUGUCGGCUUCAACAAUGCAGCACGGCACCUCAGAAGUCUAGUUGAUGAAGAAGGCAUUUUUGGAGCCCAUUUAAUCAAAGAGCUGGCAGAUAGAGAUAUUUGGAAGUUUUUUAUCAAGUGAGAAACAACAAAGUUUCAGAACCAUGCAAAACACAUGCCUGCUAAACUGAUUUCAAAAUAUUGUCCUUUAGCUUUCUGUCCUAUUGGUGUAAUAUGUAUCAGAAAUUGUUUCAAUUCUUUAGUAGUAACAAUGAAAUUGGGAUGUCAGAGAAGAACUCCUGAAGGAUGAUCUUGCUACCUUGUGUCUUGUAUUCUUUUUUUUUUUUUUUCUUGGGUCCUAUUUUAUUCCAUUUUAAUUGUAAAUCAAACACUUAGUUAAUUCAAAGUCUAAAAUUAAAUGUUCUUUCUCA